CGGCGCUCUUGGCGCGGCGGAUGAAUCCGGCGCUCGGCCGGCCGCGCCUGCAGCGCGGGGCUCUCGCGGGCCGCUCCUCCCCGCUCCGCCCAUGGCCUCCCCGCUGGAGGACCCCGUCCUGAUCCGGCCUUUCCGCGGCCACACGGCGGCGGUGACGGGCGUCGCCUUCAACGCGAACGCGACGGGGCUGGUUACCUGCUCUGUGGAUAGGUUUCUUAUAUUGUGGAAGCUGGAGACGCAGUGCAGAGCCUACAAGUUUGGUGGCCAUGCAGAAGCAGUGACAAGUGUAGAGUUCUCACCAGAUGGGCAGGUGCUGGCUUCAGCUUCUCAUGAUCACAAUAUCAGGCUAUGGAUUCCUUGCAUUCAUGGAGAAUCAUCAGUACUGAGAGGUCAUACAGCAUCUGUUCGGAGUGUGAGCUUCUCCCGUGAUGGCUGCUCCCUAGUUUCAGCAUCCAAUGAUAAAUUAGUAAAAAUAUGGAGUGUUUGCUAUCAGCGCCCUUUGUUUACCCUAUUCCAACACACUGGUUGGGUUCGCUGUGCCAAAUUUUCACCUGAUGGAAGAAUAAUAGCAUCUUGUGGUGAGGACAAAUCCAUUAACAUCUGGGAUGCAAGAAAUAAAAUUUGUGUUAGUAGCUUCUCAGAUUAUGAGGAAUUUGCAACUUUUGUGGAUUUCAACCCGAGUGGAACGUGUAUAGCUUCUGCAGGUUCCAGUAGCUCAGUGAAACUAUGGGAUAUUCGAAUGAACAAGCUACUGCAGCAUUUCAAAGUUCACAGAGCAGGGGUUAAUUGUAUAUCAUUCCAUCCUUCUGGUAACUACCUCAUCACUGCUUCUACUGACGGUACCCUUAAGAUUCUGGACCUCUUAGGAGAAAGACUUAUUUACACUCUUCAUGGACACAAGGGAGCUGUACUUUGUGUGGCUUUUUCAAAAGGUGGUGAAAAAUUUGCCUCGGGUGGAGUGGAUUCUCAGGUAUUACUAUGGAAAACCAACUUUGAUACUUUGGAUUAUGAAGAAGUUCUCAAACACAAUUUUAGAAGAACACAUAUUGAUGAUCCUCCUCAUCUUCUUGAUAUUUACCCAAGGUCAUCUCAUUUACAUGGUAAAAAACUCAAGUCAGUUGAGGUCAACUCUAUCUGUGAUGUGCCUGAUAAACAAGCACCUGACACAAUUAUCAUCGAAAUUAGACCAUCUUCACGUAUCAGUACUCCUGAUAUGGACAACAGUGAAGAACUGCUGAGUCCCUCUCCUUCUACCUUGUCAAGAAGUUCAAAAAGGAAGGCAGAGAAUGAGAGCAGGUCAGAUGUGCAUAGUGUGGGACUGCACAGAAGCAUCUCCUCCUCCUUGGACAGUGCUUUGGACGACAUUGUGGGGCAGCUGAAUAUGUUAACUCUAACUAUUUCAGUCCUGGAACAACGUCUUGCUUUUACUGAAGAUAAAUUGAAAGAAUUCAUAAGAAAUCAACAAAAAAUGUUAAAGGAAAGCAGAAGUAAUAAAAUAUGAAAAUGAACUAUGUUGAUGAAUGUUACAUAAAAUCACAAGGAACAUUUCUUCACUGGAUUUUGCUAUAAGCAGAAACAUCAAAUCAAAGUAAUGAAAAUGGAAGAAAUUUAAAAAACUGUUUCAAACAUUGAUAGCAAGCAGAUAUUCUGGUUAUCUAUUCAAUGAAGUGUAGCCCAAUCAAAACUAGUAUUUUCUAAAUCAUUUCCAUUGAACAUCCCAGGACUCUUAUUUCAGCCUAAUCAGAUCUUUGAAUAUAACUAAGCCAUUAGCUACAUAUUUUUAGGUUAAUAGAAGUUAUUAUGUAGGUUACCACUGUGCAGAUUUUUAAACUCAGGCAAGGAUUGUGAAAAUAAUGUUCUUUGUGCUAAGACAACAUUACUUAAACACCUAAGUUAAAUAAUAUAUAAUACAAAAAAUGUCAGAGGUGUUCUUUGUCUCUUACAUAUUCUCAAGUGUUUUACCAAAAAGUAGCGAGUUAUUCUAUGUCUUCUAAACAUUUUAAUCAUGAUUGCAAGAUGAUGUAGUGUGAAAACUUUUAGUUACAAAUACAAAAAUUAAGUCGCUUAAACUUUGAAGCUAUAAUUGCAUCUAUGUGAAUUCAGCUGCAAAACUGAUGCAUUCGAACACUUCUGCUUAUCACAUCCCCAUCAACAUUCACUUCUCAUAUUUAAAAAACAAAAAUCAGCUUUAUACUUCUGAAGAAUAUAUUUGAACCAAACACAAAAUGAUACAAAAUCAAGGCCAUAAAUACAAAAGAUUCUUAUCUUAUGAGAAUGUUCACAUGUGCUCAAGCUUUGCAUGCUAUGAAUGUACCCCAUCAGGUAAUGCAUUGUGAAUGCAGACAUAAGUCAGGAAAAACUUUGCAGUGUAUGAUGAUUUGGGUUUUAUUUUUAUUUUUAAUAAAAAUGCAUUUCUUAGAUGAUUUUAGGUCUUAUUUUUUAAUGGAAAAUAUUUAUUUUCUUUAUGUCUGUCUGUUAUUUUUUUUACAUGGCAAUUGCAGAGCACCAGUUGUAAAUCCACAGUCAAAACUAGGUAAUCGUCUGUUUCUGUAACUUUACGCAUGUGUUGAAAAGUAGGACACCUGAACUGGGGGAGCAUUUUAAUCCAAUUCUGCAACUGACUGUAUAUAGAUAAAGCCCAUUUCCCAGGCUGAACCUCAUUAACAUCAACUUUAGUUCGACUUUAGUACACAAGCUUACUGUGCAAAUAUGACUGCAGUUAGAGCCAUAGAAAUGUGCAGUCAAUUUUUCCUGUAUAAUUUAUUUUCUCUCUCAGCAACCACCUUCAGAUAGCCAGACAUCCCCUCACUUCCUUGGUUAACUCUGAUUUUUUACCAAUAAGUACUAUAUAUUUGCAGCUCAGUCUUGAGCACUACUGCUUAUGGCAAAGAAGCAUAAAAUUUUUGGAUGCAACUGUUUCUGGACAGCAUCCUAACCACAGAUUUUUUUGUCAAAGAAUGGUUUUACAUUGUUAUUCCAGCCUGACCUUUGAUUACACAAUUGUUUAUAAUACUAUGUAAC